GCUGGUUCCAACUCCAUGUCCCAGGUUUAAUGGAAGAAGAGCUCCAUGCACCUCCUUGAACUUCAAUUGUAAAUAAGAAUACCAUCAUAAGCCCCUUGACAAUCUGGAUGCGACGGCUCCACUGCAGAUCCUGAGAAGAUCGCUUUACGUCAUUACAUCACCGCCAUCUCUCGCCAACAUCGCAAACUACAUAUGCCCUCGGUCGCAAUGCUACAAUGCCACGAAUGAAAGCAGCAACGGUCUCAGACCAGGUCAUUAGAAAGCGCAAGCGAAAGACAUCCGAGCAACAGUCUCCCGCGGAAGAACCUCCAGAUCAUGCCACCCAGACCAAUGACGCAUUAGAAACCGAGACAAUAACCACGACAACGACAACGACCACGACCACGACCACGACGGUACCGACCAAAACCCACGAUGGUGGCAAGAAACCUCGCAGAACGCCGUCGCAGAAGAGUGGAGAGAAGCCCGCGCUGGUCCGCCACGGGUCUUCUACCAUCAUCGAGUCCGCCAUCCCGUGGCCCGACCAUUUUACGGAGCUCUCGCGAGUCUAUCGCGCGUUGAACCUCGUCUAUACGUUUUGUUGCACGCGGAAGCACUUUGCGACCACCUUCGAUAAUUUGAAGUCGACGGUGGAGGCAAAUAUAAAGAAAGAACUCGUCAUUGAGGAUGUGGCUCAGAUCACGGCAUUGCUUCCGCGGGCGAUCAAUUUCGCCUACGUGGACGAGGCCAUGCUACAGAUAAACUUGAUGGGGCAGGAGGAUAAUGCCAGGGGUAGGAGAGCAAAUGAGUUCAUCAUUGCGGAACCGGAGCUUGAUAAGACUGGCCACACCGAGGUCCUGCUGUUCGAAUUCGUCGAUGGCGAUCUGAAGCGUCAAGUUCAGCAUGCGAAGACCGGGGAGCCGACCAAGGCAGUGCAAAAGCUGAGGAAUGAGGAUUUGAAGAUGCCAGUAUACAGUCAGAAACAGAUGAUGCGACUUAUCGAGAAGCGCAAUACCAAGUUCAUCUCGGCAGUCAAUGCAUUCCUCAAUGAUUGCGCCACUGACGGCGAUGAUGCUGUGGAGAAGAUCAAGGACAUGUCUGUCGCUUUUAUACCAGCGCCUUCAAGCAGACCUACCUCUCCUGGGCCUGACCGAUCUCGGUUGCCCCUGACUAUACCGACUGAACGGAAAGCCAUACCGGAAAUCAUUGAAGAAAUGAAGAGCCUGGAAUGGUACACUGGACAGAUCGUACCUGACGGACACCGGGUGUUCGAUCCUCAACCUCCGAUUUAUGGAGAUCUCAAGUUCCAGCUUUCCCAGAAUAUGGUGAAUGCUUUGUACAACACUCGCAACAUCACACAGCUCUAUGCGCACCAGGCGGAGGCAAUCAACAAUCUACACGACGGCCACAACGUUAUUGUGUCGACGUCAACGAGUUCCGGAAAGUCGCUGAUUUACCAGAUACCCGUCUUACACCAGCUCGAACAGGACUUCAAUACCCGCGCAAUGUAUAUAUUCCCUACCAAAGCCCUUGCUCAGGACCAACGACGCAGUCUCAAGGAAAUGCUGCGUUUCAUGAGCGGUCUAGAAGAGACCGUUGUAGAAACAUUCGAUGGCGAUACCCCAAUGGCGGAUCGUAAUUACAUUCGCGAUGAAGCGCGGAUUAUAUUCACAAACCCGGAUAUGUUACACAUCACCAUACUACCUCAAGAAGAAGCCUGGAGAAGCUUUCUGCAGAACCUUCGUUAUGUUGUAGUAGAUGAGCUUCACGUCUACAAUGGACUAUUUGGAUCCCACAUGUCGUUUAUAAUGCGACGGUUACGAAGGGUAUGCGCGGCUGUCGGAAACACGGAUGUGAAAUUCAUCUCCUGUUCAGCGACGGUGGCCAAUCCUGAAGAGCACAUGAGAACCAUUUUUGGUGUGGACGAGGUCAAAUUGACUGAUUUUGAUGGCUCUCCAUCUGGACGGAAGGAGUUUCUGUGCUGGAACACACCUUUCAAGGAUCCUGGAGAUCCAACAUCUGGACGUGGAGACAGCAUGGCUGAGUCUGCAAAGCUCUUUUGCCAGCUGAUUCUUCGGGGAGUGAGGGUGAUUGCAUUCUGUCGCGUGCGCAAGCAGUGCGAAGCCUUGCUAUCAGCCAUCAAAACGGAGCUUGGAAACUUGGAAAGAUCGGAAGUCAUUGCACGGGUGAUGUCGUAUAGAGGUGGAUACACACCCCAAGACAGACGACAGAUUGAGCGAGAAAUGUUCGACGGGAAACUGGUUGGCAUAGUCGCGACAAGCGCGCUGGAACUGGGUGUUGAUAUCGGAUCAUUGGAUGCCGUCAUUACUUGCGGUUUCCCAUAUACGAUAGCCAAUCUCCGACAACAAAGUGGACGAGCUGGCCGGAGAAACAAGGAUUCAUUGUCUGUCUUGGUUGGCGACUGUUUCCCGACUGACCAAUACUACAUGUCUAACCCAGACGAGAUCUUCACAAAACCCAAUUGCGAGCUCCAGGUGGACCUCGAGAAUCUACUCGUCCUAGAAGGUCACAUACAGUGCGCCGCUUAUGAGAUGCCGAUAAAUCCCCAGGCUGACACUACUUACUUUGGACCACUACUGCCGAAGAUUGCUCGAGAAAGGAUGAGGAGCGACGAAGGCGGCUUUUAUCACACCAACGAACGGUUCCUCCCUCAACCGUCCCGCUUCGUCGCCAUACGGGAUACAGAGAACGAUCACUUCGCCAUCAUCGAUAUCACAAACGGCAAGAACACCGUGCUCGAAGAGUUAGAGGCGUCACGAGCCUUCUUCACAAUCUACGACGGCGGCAUUUUCCUACAUCAGGGCAACAAGUAUCUCGUCAAGGAGUUCAGCCAAGAACGUAUGAUCGCCAAAGUCGAGUUCGUCAAGGUCGACUGGACAACACAGCAGCGCGACUUCACAGACAUUGACCCUGUCGAAACGGAAGCCAUACGGCGCAUACCGGGCUCUCGAUCAAAAGCCUUCUACGGCUCCAUCAAGAUCCAACAGGUCGUAUUCGGCUUCUUCAAAGUAGACAAGAAGAAACGAAUCCUCGAUGCCGUCCAAGUCGACAACCCCCCGAUCAUCCUGCACUCAAAAGGAAUGUGGCUCGACGUCCCAAAAUCCGCAUUAGAAAUCCUGCAAUCGCGAAACCUCAACAUCGCCGCAGCGAUCCAUGCCGCCGAACACGCUGUCCUCUCCCUCAUGCCCAACUACGUCAUCUCCAUGCCGGGAGACGUCCGCACCGAAUGCAAAGUCGCACUCAAGGAAUUCGCGAAGAAAGAAACGUCGCGGAAACGGCCGGCACGGCUUACCUUCUACGACGCCAAGGGCGGCGCCUCGGGGUCCGGCAUCAGCACCAAGGCAUUCGAAUUCAUCGACGACUUACUCAAGCAGGCGUGCGAGAGGGUGCAAACUUGUCACUGCUUGGAGGGGUGUCUCGAAUGCUGCUGCGAUGAGCGAUGUAAAGAGGCGAAUGCCGUCAUGAGCAAAGCUGGGGCUAUGGUCGUCAUCAUGUGUCUGCUUGGCAGAGAGAAGGAGAUCGACACUGAGGCUCUUCCGUGGGGAGAGGACGAAAUGGCACCUGCGGGCAUCGAGACGGUGGUCGUGGCUACGGAGGUCAGGGCGAAGAGGGGUGCGUGGAUUGAUGGGGUCUGGGUGAAGAGUGAAGUCGAGGAAGAUGGGAUCGAUGCCACAGAGCCCGAGGAUGAGUUUGCACGGAGUGUGAGGUUGUUCGGCGGCGGGGAGAAGGAUGGGCCAACUAUGAUUGGUGUGCAUAAGUAGAGGAUGGUAGACUUGGAUGAGAUAGAUGCUUGCGAUUAACAUUCAUGAUAAUGACGAUAAUGAU